AUGUAAAAUUUAAUAACAAGAAUAAAUAAACACCUUUAACUGAUAGCAAAGGAAGAAUAGAAUGUAGAUUUGAAAAGAAUGAAUCUUGUAAGCUAAAAGGGAAUAGACACUAAACAAAUAUUUGAAUCAAUUGCUAUGCCUACUAUGAAUUUCAAAUGUCUAAACUAAUUUUUAAUGUAUUUGAUUUCUUAAUUGGAGUCAUUAUUAAAUUGAACAUGAUGAUCAAUUUGUUUAUAGUUUUUUAUAUAGACACACAGGUCUAAAAAAAUUUGAAAUGGAUUAUGAAGAGUAUUAAACUAUUUAAUAAUAGUUUUCUGAAUUUUAUUAUGCCUUGUGAAGAUGAUGAUCUUUAUACAAUAACAAAGAAUAAGGAACACUUAGGAGGAGCAAGAACUAUCUUUAGUUUAUAGACAAGCUAAGCUUUAUUUGAUUUAUUUUAUGCUGAAGUUCAUUACCAUUUUGAGAUUGAAAGAUCUAAGAAAGAAUUAUUCAGAGAUUUUGAAUACAGAUUAUUAGUACAUCCUCUAUGUGAACAUAAAUAUAUUAUAAAGGAAUAACUAUCAUAAUUUGAUUUUAAUGAUGAAGAUUAAAAAAGAAUUUGGAGAAGACUUAAUUAUAUGUAAAGAAAUUGUUAUAAGGAUGAAAAGUAUAAAUGUAAAAACUUUAAAUCACUCUUGUUUCCAGAAGACUAUUUUGAAAAUCUUAAAUUGAUUGGAUAACCUGUCUAUUUAGAUGAAUAGGUUCAAAAUUAAUAUGCCAAACCUAAUCAAUAUUCAAAAAAUACUAGAAAGUCUAAAUUUAUUGAAUGCCCAAGAAAUAAUAGAUGCUAGUUUUAUUAGAAUUAUGAUUUUCUUAAACCUUAUUAAGGAGAUAAAUUUAUUGUUGAUUAUAACAAAAUUUAUAAUAAAUGA